AUGCUCUCUACCGUGGCUCUGAUUCUAUCUGUUUCAUCGUUGGCCUCAGCAUCUCUGCAAGUGGGUUUCUAUAGCUCCACAUGUCCAUCUGCUGAGACAAUAGUGAGAAACACCGUAAACACAGCAAUUUCUGUCAACCCAGGCGUAGCUGCUGGUCUCAUCAGAAUGCAUUUCCAUGAUUGCUUUGUCAGGGGUUGUGACGGUUCUGUGUUACUAGCAUCCACACCGGGUAACCCAAUAGCUGAAAGAGACAGCUUUAUCAACAACCCAAGCUUACGUGGCUUCGAGGUGAUUGAGAAUGCUAAGACGCAAUUAGAGGCUGCAUGUCCUCAAACAGUAUCAUGUGCUGACAUUCUUGCAUUCGCAGCACGAGACAGUGCCCUCAAAGCUGGUGGCAUAAACUAUGACGUGCCAUCGGGACGCAGAGACGGUCUCAUCUCUAUCGGUGAUGAAGUGCUAACGAAUCUACCUGCACCAACCUUCAGUGCUGGUGAACUUGUUAACAAUUUUGCUCGAAAGGGGUUGUCAGCAGAUGAAAUGGUGACUCUUUCAGGUGCACAUUCAAUAGGUGUAUCGCAUUGUUCCUCAUUCUCAAAACGCUUAUACUCUUUCAACGACACGUUUACACAAGACCCCUCAAUGGACCCUUCUUAUGCUGCAUUGUUGAAAAUAAAAUGUCCUCCGCCACCAAGCAGCACAGAUCCAACAGUGCCUCUUGAUGCUUCCACAUCAAUUCGUUUGGACAAUAACUACUAUGAGGGACUUGUUAACCACCGUGGCUUGUUGACAUCAGAUCAAACGUUGUUAAGCAGCGAAUCCACAAAGGAAAUGGUUGUAGGAAAUGCAUACUAUGGUGCAAGUUGGGCUCAGAAGUUUGCACAAGCAAUGGUACACAUGGGUUCCAUUGAAGUGCUAACUGGCUCUGAUGGUGAGAUCAGGAGGCAUUGUAGCUUUGUUAAUUAG